CUAAAACUUUCACUUCACCUAACGUAAUACAACAAAUAAAAGCAAUUUUACUUCAACCGUUGUGAAGAUGGAUGCUGAGUCUCUCAAGUUUUAAAGGUUCGGGGUUCUGUCUUCAUAUCAAAGCUGUAAAGGCCAUCAUGAAAGCUGCCAUGAUCCUCGAGAGUCAUCAGAAAUCCACAGAGACUGAUCCGAUUAUGUCACGGUCGUUUACUGGGAACAGUUUUAAGAUAUUACAAGUGUUACACGGCCAUACAAGUGAUGUUAGCACUUGUGAUUUUGUCUCACCUUCAACUAUAGUUACGGGAUCCAGCGAUAAAACAGUACGAGUGUGGGACUGGAAAGUUGGAUCGGGCUACGAAGAAAGAGCAUCAUCUCCGUUAAGAGCUCACAAAUAUCAAGUCACAUGCGUAAGGGUCUCACCGCAGGGUUCUUUAUUAGCGAGUUCUUCUGUUGAUGGAACUGCGAUAAUAUGGAGUAUGCACAACUGUGAUAAACUUUAUACGAUAACCCAAGUUAAUGGGGAUGCCAUACGAGUAUGUAGGUUUUCUCCUGAUAGUACAAUAUUAAUAACAGCAGGCGAUAAUGGAGCUGUAUGUGUUUGGGACCUAAUUCAUCGAAGUUUAAUCAAAACUAUUUUUGACCACCAGGGGACUACGCAAUCAUUGGCAUUCACACCAGAUUCCUACUAUUUGAUCAGUGCAUGUUCACUAGAAAUGAUCAUGGUCUGGAAUACUCAGGACUUAGUAGACACUGCCAACGAAUCUCCUUGUGUUCCGAUGGCGAAAAUAGAUAAUGCUCAAGAUAUGGGAGUACUUUCCGUAGAUGUUAACAAACAUAUCACGUUCGAUAAAAAUAACCCCUUAACACGACAGUACAAACUCGCAUCAAGCGGAAACAGCAACGAAAUCAAAAUAUGGAUAAUAACAGCCAAAUUUAUAGUGAAAAACAAAACCUCAACCGCAAGUGAAAUUGCAUUAGAGCUCUUCGAUGUAUACGAUGGCCACACUUCUUCGGUGACGUGUGUACGCUACAGCCACAAUGGAGAGUACCUGGUGUCGACAAGUGUAGAUAAACUAGUCAAAGUUUGGGACAACGAAGGCAAUUGCGUGGCUUCUCUAGAUGGACAUAAUAGAUAUGUUAAUUGUGCCACUAUUUCCAAGGAUCUUUCAAUUAUAGCUUCUGGCUCAAAUGACAAAAGUAUCAUCAUUUGGGAUACUACAGACAGCCUUACACUAGACUCAGACAUGAAUCAAUACAGUCAUAGUGGAGACCGCAUAUCAGAAACUCAAUUAUUUCCCGUGGAAAAUAAUAAUACAAGCAUAGUAAUGCUGCUUGAAAAAUUGGAUGAUGUCCUGGAGGGAUCUGUCAAUAGUUGUUGUUUUAGUGGGAAACAUUUGCUAGCACUUGGAUCUGGAGAUAAAUUGGUUCGAAUGUUUAAAAUUUCAAAAGAGAAUAAUGCAGAAGAGCAUUGUUUUUCACCGUUAGAAGGUCAUACGUACGCAAUAAAUCACGUAGAAUUCUCUUCAAAUGGAAAUACAUUAGCUUCAUGUUCACAAGAUGGCUCUACUAUAUUAUGGGACGUAGCAACUGGCGAGAAAAUACGAUCGUUGCCAAAAAGUAUUUUAUCGUUAAAAGUUUGCCGGUUCUGUCCUGACAAAAUUUUAUUACUGACUGCUGGAGAUGAUGAAAAAGCAAUAUUAUGGAAUUCUGAGACAAUGGAGAAACUUGCGCAAUUUGAAGGUCAUUUAGACACAAUCUCUGGUGCCUGCGUUUCUCCAGAUGGUAAAAUUUCUGUUACCGUUUCGGUUAACGCAGACUAUAGAGUUUGGUCUUUGGAAAAUUUUGCGUGUUUGUACGUAAAAGAAGAUGCUCACGAUUAUGGAAUCCAAGAUUGUGAUAUGUCUCAUAACUUAGAACCAAUUCCUAAUUUAACUAUCAACGCCCAAUCAUAUUUAUUAGUUACCUGUGGUAAUGAUAGUUUAGUGAAAUUAUGGAGAAUAUCGUUGCCAAAUAAAUGUGACACCUCUAUAGAUAAAAUUGAAGUCAAAUUGUGGCGAUCUCUUCAGGGACACGGAGGGAAUGUGAUAUGUGUUAGAUUCUCUCAAAUAGUAAGCGAAUUCGUCUGUUCAACUGCCACUGACAGACAAGCGAGAAUUUGGUCUGUAUACAGUGCCAAUUGUCUUUAUGUCCUAGAUCAUGAUUCCAUAGUUACAUCUUGCUGUUUUAACGAAGAUUGUUCUCUACUUGCGACCGGCUGUCUGGACAAGACAUUAUGGUUAUGGAAAUUGCCACAACAUUUAAUGUUUCAAUCCGCUGUUGCCGAUAAAAUCCAAUCCAGGGCUAAACCAAUAAUUGACUGGACAACGGCUGAUAUUAUUAAAUGGUUAAAGAAUAUCGAAAUGCAUGGAUUAAUUCCUGUAGCGGCAAAUUGUUGCUUGGAUGGUAGAAAACUGAUCACCUCAACUGUCGAUCAGAUUUGUGCUUCACUGGACCUAGAUGAAAGCGAGCAAGAGAAGUUCCAGAAAGAAAUUCGUUGGUUGAAAAACAGAGAAAUAAAAUUAGAAGCAGCUAACACUCUGGACAUUCCAGAUGAAUUUUUGUGUCCUAUCACCCACGAAAUAAUGAGUGAGCCAGUCACUUGCAGCGACGGUUUUACGUAUGAAAAAAAUGCCAUAACCGAGUGGUUUAUGUCAGGAAAAUUCACCAGCCCGAUGACCAAUGAAGUAUUAAGAAAUACAGAUGUGACCAGGAAUUUAAAAUUACGGAAUGAGAUAUAUGAGUUCCUUGAUAUAAAUGAAGGCGAAGGUGUUUAAUUUUCAAUUAUUAAGUUAAGUUUUCUCUAUUUUUAGGUUAUAAUAUUAUCGACACAUUAUUUACAAUACAGCGUCUACAGCGGAUCUGAAGAGUCAUGUUGUUGUUUUUCCACUCCAUUACUUAAAAUUUUUUAACCAAGAGGUGCGUCGUCAUCCCGGUCCUCUUCUUCCUUCCCUUUCCAGAGUAUAACCAAUCACAUCAACUAAUUUUUUCGUGUUUGUUACGUGUUGUGUCCAUGAUAUUUUUUACAUUCUUCGAUAACAUCACAUCUCAAAGCUGUCAAGUCUUUUUUCAGUUGCGUCCGUAAUUGUCCAGGCUUCAACUCCAUAUAAAACAGAAAAUACGUAGCAUCUCAAUACUCUAGUUUUAAUGUCUAUUUCCAAUUUUCCAUUGCAUAAUACUGCUUUCAUCUUAUUGAAAGCGCUUCUGUCCGUCUCAAUGUGUCCGUUCAUUUCAAAGUUGUGAUCCCAUUGUUCAUUUAGCUCACAUCUUAAGUAAUCGUAUCUUUCUCUAAAGCUUUUCUUUUAAUGUUGAUUUAGUGGAGUUACUGAAGGUUUUCGAUUUCGUUGAACCUCCAUCGAUUUUUAUGAAAAUUGGUGAGUAGUUAGAGGAUACUUUAAGCAACAAAGGUGACAUGAUGCAAACUUGCGCUUUUACCUCGGGGUGGAAGCCACCCCUUCUCGGGGGGUGAAAAUUGUUUUAUCAAAAAUAAUACUACAAAUCGAUAUAGGAACAAAUUCUAAGCAAAAUUUGUUAUAAAAAGUUAUUAAUAUAAAUCAAUGCAAAUCAAUUGAAUUGCAAAGUUUAGAAUUCCUUCCCUAUCGUCUUUACUGCAGCAUCCAUAUGACUUGCAAAUUGUAGAAGUCUUGGAGGUGUAUACAUGGGGAUGUACCAGUAAGUUUUCAAUUUAAAAAUCUUUUAGUAAUUUUUGAUAUUUUUCAAUAUUAAUUAUUUGCUAUUAGGAUUGAAAGCUUGCUUCGUAUUUUUACGGCCAGAUGGCGCUAGCCACCCAAUACCAUCAUUUUUGGCUGCAAUAUUUGGAAAAACAUUUCGAUGCGAUUUGAUUGGAUUAAGGAGAACAGUGCCUACGUUCCUUCUGAUGAAGCUCCAAUAAGAGCAGAAAAUUGCAGUUAAAGGGACUGGCUGCACUCCUUAUUCUAAUUAAAAAGUAAGAUUGUUUUUCCUUCGUAUUGCAGCCGAAUAUAUAAAAAUGGUACAUACAUUUUUAUUUUAUUUUCUUAUUACUCAGUAGAGUAACUAUGGUGCAUCUUUCAGUUCCUAACCGGCUGCAGACGGGGGAUUUGAAUUGCAAAGUUUAGAAUUCCUUCCCUAUCGUCUUUACUGCAGCAUCCAUAUGACUUGCAAAUUGUAGAAGUCUUGGAGGUGUAUACAUGGGGAUGUACCAGUAAGUUUUCAAUUUAAAAAUCUUUUAGUAAUUUUUGAUAUUUUUCAAUAUUAAUUAUUUGCUAUUAGGAUUGAAAGCUUGCUUCGUAUUUUUACGGCCAGAUGGCGCUAGCCACCCAAUACCAUCAUUUUUGGCUGCAAUAUUUGGAAAAACAUUUCGAUGCGAUUUGAUUGGAUUAAGGAGAACAGUGCCUACGUUCCUUCUGAUGAAGCUCCAAUAAGAGCAGAAAAUUGCAGUUAAAGGGACUGGCUGCACUCCUUAUUCUAAUUAAAAAGUAAGAUUGUUUUUCCUUCGUAUUGCAGCCGAAUAUAUAAAAAUGGUACACACAUUUUUAUUUUAUUUUCUUAUUACUCAGUAGAGUAACUAUGGUGCAUCUUUCAGUUCCUAACCGGCUGCAGACGGGGGAUUUGAAUUGCAAAGUUUAGAAUUCCUUCCCUAUCGUCUUUACUGCAGCAUCCAUAUGACUUGCAAAUUGUAGAAGUCUUGGAGGUGUAUACAUGGGGAUGUACCAGUAAGUUUUCAAUUUAAAAAUCUUUUAGUAAUUUUUGAUAUUUUUCAAUAUUAAUUAUUUGCUAUUAGGAUUGAAAGCUUGCUUCGUAUUUUUACGGCCAGAUGGCGCUAGCCACCCAAUACCAUCAUUUUUGGCUGCAAUAUUUGGAAAAACAUUUCGAUGCGAUUUGAUUGGAUUAAGGAGAACAGUGCCUACGUUCCUUCUGAUGAAGCUCCAAUAAGAGCAGAAAAUUGCAGUUAAAGGGACUGGCUGCACUCCUUAUUCUAAUUAAAAAGUAAGAUUGUUUUUCCUUCGUAUUGCAGCCGAAUAUAUAAAAAUGGUACACACAUUUUUAUUUUAUUUUCUUAUUACUCAGUAGAGUAACUAUGGUGCAUCUUUCAGUUCCUAACCGGCUGCAGACGGGGGAUUUGAAUUGCAAAGUUUAGAAUUCCUUCCCUAUCGUCUUUACUGCAGCAUCCAUAUGACUUGCAAAUUGUAGAAGUCUUGGAGGUGUAUACAUGGGGAUGUACCAGUAAGUUUUCAAUUUAAAAAUCUUUUAGUAAUUUUUGAUAUUUUUCAAUAUUAAUUAUUUGCUAUUAGGAUUGAAAGCUUGCUUCGUAUUUUUACGGCCAGAUGGCGCUAGCCACCCAAUACCAUCAUUUUUGGCUGCAAUAUUUGGAAAAACAUUUCGAUGCGAUUUGAUUGGAUUAAGGAGAACAGUGCCUACGUUCCUUCUGAUGAAGCUCCAAUAAGAGCAGAAAAUUGCAGUUAAAGGGACUGGCUGCACUCCUUAUUCUAAUUAAAAAGUAAGAUUGUUUUUCCUUCGUAUUGCAGCCGAAUAUAUAAAAAUGGUACACACAUUUUUAUUUUAUUUCCUUAUUACUCAGUAGAGUAACUAUGGUGCAUCUUUCAGUUCCUAACCGGCUGCAGACGGGGGAUUUGAAUUGCAAAGUUUAGAAUUCCUUCCCUAUCGUCUUUACUGCAGCAUCCAUAUGACUUGCAAAUUGUAGAAGUCUUGGAGGUGUAUACAUGGGGAUGUACCAGUAAGUUUUCAAUUUAAAAAUCUUUUAGUAAUUUUUGAUAUUUUUCAAUAUUAAUUAUUUGCUAUUAGGAUUGAAAGCUUGCUUCGUAUUUUUACGGCCAGAUGGCGCUAGCCACCCAAUACCAUCAUUUUUGGCUGCAAUAUUUGGAAAAACAUUUCGAUGCGAUUUGAUUGGAUUAAGGAGAACAGUGCCUACGUUCCUUCUGAUGAAGCUCCAAUAAGAGCAGAAAAUUGCAGUUAAAGGGACUGGCUGCACUCCUUAUUCUAAUUAAAAAGUAAGAUUGUUUUUCCUUCGUAUUGCAGCCGAAUAUAUAAAAAUGGUACACACAUUUUUAUUUUAUUUUCUUAUUACUCAGUAGAGUAACUAUGGUGCAUCUUUCAGUUCCUAACCGGCUGCAGACGGGGGAUUUGAAUUGCAAAGUUUAGAAUUCCUUCCCUAUCGUCUUUACUGCAGCAUCCAUAUGACUUGCAAAUUGUAGAAGUCUUGGAGGUGUAUACAUGGGGAUGUACCAGUAAGUUUUCAAUUUAAAAAUCUUUUAGUAAUUUUUGAUAUUUUUCAAUAUUAAUUAUUUGCUAUUAGGAUUGAAAGCUUGCUUCGUAUAUAAAUCAAUGCUUUUCGAGUUAUUGAGGAUCAAAGAUUUUAUUUUUUCGUAAAAAAUGCAUGUUUUAAAGCUGUUUUUCACGUAUAACUCAAAAACUGUAUUCUUUUACAGAAAAGUUGUUAUUACCAAAAUUAAAGAUAACAAAAACUUGAAUACGCUCCUCGCCUAAAGAACUAAACUAAUGUUAAUUCAAAGUGAGUUAUGGGUAAUUGAAUGUAAUUUUUUUUUUCGACGAGUACUCAAAUCUAAGUAUUUAAGCUUAAGUAACGGGAAAACGAUGCAUUUUAUAAAAUACACCUGCUUAGUACUUGUACAAGCACUUCAGAUUACUUAUCAAAUUAGCUCCAGAAGAAGUUAAAAGCAUUAAAAUUACGCAAGUUAUGUUGAAAAUAAGAGAACUCUUUCGAAUUUUUAAGGAAAAGUGAAAAAUAAAACAUAGGUACGCCAUUUCCAUAAAAAUUAAAAUGUAUAGUAAUCCUUAAAAUAAUUUCUUUAUAUUAGCAUAAGUAAUGAUUACAACAAUUUUGACCGGUUUAGAAUGCAAAUUUUUGAUAAAAAUAUACAUAUACUUACCUAAUUUAAAAAAAUCAGAGUUUUUAAAAUUAUCGUAAUUUAUAUUUUCUUUUGAUAAUAACUCCAAAAAUAUACUGUGAUGUAUAACAAAAUUUUAGUUUUUCCGUUUCAAAUAUUUUAACUUUUUUUUAUUUCUGUAGGUUAUAAAAUAACGGAGAUAUAAACGUUUAAAACUUAAAUUUAGAUGGGCGAACCAUGUAACGGGGCCAUUUAACCUGUUAUUUUAAAAAAAGUAAGGGGUUUAAAAGAUUAAAUUCAACAUCUUUUAAUAGCCCUUAGAUCCUUAGAAUUAACUUCCAAAUGGUUUUUAGAAGAACCUGAUCCUAAAAAUGAGCAGAGUUAUUUUAAAAAAACAAUAUCACUUUUUGGAAAAACUUUAAAAGAUAAAUUUUGAAAAAAUUUUAAAAGAUAAAUUUUGAAAAAUUUUUGGAACAUAAAUUUUGAUGGUAUCAAUUUGUUCAUUUGAUGGAUAUUUCUAAGUACUUUUACACAUGUUUAAUAGGUUUAUGUUAUAAAAUGCAUCAUUUUCCAGUUAUUUAAGCUUGAAUACUUAGAUUUGGAUACUCGCCGAAAAAAUAUACAUUCAAUAACCUAUAACUCAGUUUCAGUUAACAUUAAAAGGUAAGGGAUUUAUGUAGUUUUUUAUUAACUUCAAUUUUGGUAAUAACAACUUUUUUGUAAAAACUUAUAGUUUUUGAGUUAUCUAUGAAAAAUCGGUUAAAAACAUGCAUUUUUCUCACGAAUAAUUAAAUUCUUUGAUCUUUAAUAACUCAAAAAGUUUUGAUUUAUUUUUAUAUCUUUAUAUAACAAAUUUUGGUUAGAAUUUGUUUCUUUAUUGAAUUAUGGGAUCAUUUUUAAUAAAAUAUUUUCAUUCCGAGAAGGAGUGUCACCCACCCCCAGGAUAAAAGCGCAAGUUGGCACCAUGUCACCUUUGUUCCUUGAGAUAUCCUCUAACUACACACCAAUUUUCAUGCAAAUCGAUGGAGGUUGAACGAAAUCAGAGGUAAUAGCUCUUAUCCGCCUUCAGUGACUGCAAUAAUUGUUUCGUCUUCAGUACUGACAAUCAUAUUUUUUUUAUGUUCUGGGCCAUUCCCUAUCUCUCGCAGAACUGCGUAGUGCUGUCAAUCAACAUUUUUGAAGCUCUUCUGUGCUGUCCGCAGUAAGGGUUAUUGCAUCAUCUGCAUAAAUAUCUGAGAUUAUUCACCAGUGUUCCGUUCAGUGGUAUGUCUUAAAUCAGCGGUUCUCAAUCUGUGGUACAUGUACCACUGGUGGUACAUUUCAUUUUUUGAGGUGGUACACAAAACGCAAAACAGCCGAAAUCAGCACCACUAUUACAGUUAGUUAGAUCACCUAGUUAGAUAUGUAUUUGAGUUAGGUGGUACAAGAAAUAAUAAAAAGUAUUUGGUGGUACAUGACACAAAAAGAUUGAGAACCGCUGUCUUAAAUGAUAAAAUAUCUUCUAGUGCCUUUUUUAAACAUAUCUUCUGAGCAUAUUAAAAAGUAGAUGGUAUAGUACACCUCCUUGUCGUACUCCUCUUCUUAUGGGUAUCUCUUUAUGGUCUACUCGUAUUAUGGCUUUUACGUCCGAAAAAACCGCUAUAACCGAGUGGUUUAUGUCUGAUAAUCAAUGAAGUAUUAAGCAAUACAGAUGUGACCAGCAAUAUAAAAUUACGAAAUGAAAUCUUACUCAAAAAGGACCCCUUUUAAUAAAUUUGCAUGUUGCCAGGACCAAAAGUUGGUCAAAAAUCUUUUAAACGUUUUUUUUUUGUUUUUUUCCUAAAAUUAUUUUUUUUGCAUGGAACAAAUUUUUUUAGGUUCUUUGGAUCAUUCCAAACAGAAAAAGUCUUUAGUGACUUUUCUUUAAAGUUGAUAGUUUUUGACAUAUAAGCGAUUAAAAAUUGAAAAAUUGUGAAAUCGGCCAUUUUUAACCCUCAUAAACUAUGUGAAAAACUAAAAAUUUGAAUGUUGCCAAGGUAGGUAGAUAUCCUUUAAACAUCGAUUGAUGAAAUUCCCAAGAGUUUUUUGCAAUACAAUAUCAAAAAUCUCUUUGUUUUUUAAUUGCCAAUCAAGCGUGCGCGACACUAUUUUCCACCGUUGCAUGUGUAUACAGUAUGGUGAAAAUGAAGGGAAUAAAUUCGUUAUUUCGUAAUAGACCAGGGCGCAUCUGUAAAAAUAUUAGAAAUAUUAGUACAUUUGGACGUUGAGAGGUGACUCAAAUUGUUUUGCAGAAAUUGCUUAAAAAUAACUCAGAUAAUAAUUUUUGAGUUAUCCUCCCUCUCAAAAAGGUCCGGAACAUUGUUUAAAUAAUCAAAAUGUCAAAAAAUUAAGGAAAAAUUCGAUUUUUUUCUUCGUUUUUUGAUAAUAACUUUAAAAGUAUUCAUUUCCGAGAAAAGUUGCACUAACAUAAAAGUUGCGUAAUUAAAUUUCCUACAAUAUAGAAUUGGUUAAAAAUUUAAAAAAUACUCACCCUUGUUGUAAAAUAGCAAUAAUUGCGAGAAAACCAUACAAAAACAAGUAUUGGCAUUUUACGUUUUUCAAGCAUUUAUGCUAAACCUAGGACCUUCAUAUUUCACAUAGAAAAACUUUAUGAUACAGUAAAACAGUACUGUAUAUUUCAUUAAGAUCGGUUCAAUAGAUUUUGCAACGUAAAUUUUCAUUUAAAAAAAAAUUCAUUUAUUUAAAAUGUUACAGGAACGAACGAAAAUAAAGCAGAGAGCAAGUUGAAAUUUUUCUUGCGUAUAGAAGUGUACUGUAUCUUUCAUUUGCAAUUUGCAAAAUUAAAAUCAAUUAACCACCACGGCGUCAAGAAUUUUUUUAAAUAAACAUUAAUUAUUGGCGCUACGCGCAGGACAGCGGAUAGUUUGCUCUGAUUGGGCAUUCCAAUGACCUUUGAUAAUGAUUGAUACAUUUUAAUUUUUAUUAUAUUUUGAUAUAAAUAAAUAUAUUUGUUUAUUGCAAAAUAAAAACACAUACUCUAUCUUUUGAAAUAACACUUUUUUUAGCAAAAACUUUCUUUGUUCAUAUAUUUUAACUUAGAGAAUAAAAGUUUAAUAUUUUUAAACAUAUCCAAUUGUUUAAACAAUAUUUCACAAACAAUAAUAAAAUUGGUUUUGAUUUUUGUGGAAUUAAAAUAUUAAAAUACAACAAAAUAUAGAGUAAGAAAAUAAUAUAUUAGAUAAAUAUUGGAAAAAAUUUUGGUGGAAAUCAACGUGAAUCGAACACCGCUGUCCUGCGCGUAGCCUCAAAAAUUAAUGUUUAUUUAAAAAAUAUCCUGACGCCGUGGUAAUUAAUUGAUUUUAAUUUUGCAAAUUGCAAAUAAAAGGUACAGUAUACUUCUAUAAGCAAAAAAAAUUCAACUUGCUACCUGCUUUAUUUUCAGUCCUGCAACAUUAAAAAAAAAAAUGAAUUUUUUUUGCGAAAGCUGGAUUUUGCAAAAUCUACUAAACCGAUCUUAAUGAAAUUUACAGUGUUAUUUUACUAUAUCAUAAAGUUUUUUUGGGUAAAAUAUGAAGGUACUAAGUGUAGCGUAAAUGAUUGAAAAACGUAAAAUGCGAAUACUUGUUUUUGUAUGGUUUUUUUCGCAAUUAUUGCUAUUUUGUAAGAAGGGUGACUAUUUUUUAAAUUUUUAACCAAUUCUGUAUUGUAGGAAAUUUAAUUACGCAACUUUUAGUUCAGUACAGCUUUUCUCAGAAAUGAAAAGUUUUAAAGUUAUAAUCAAAAAAACUAUAAAAAAAUCGAAUUUUUCCUUCAUAUUUUGACAUUUUGAUUAUUUAAACAAUGUUCCGGACCAUUUUGAAUGGGAGGAUAACUCAAAUAUUAUUAUUUGAGUUAUUUUCAAGCAAUUUUUGUAAAAAAAUUUGAGUCACCUCUCAACGUCCACCUCAAAAUCGAUGCGCCCUGGACUAUAAACCGGUGACUCUAAGGAAAAAUCCCAAAACAGGUCGGUUUUUAUUUUUAAGUUAUGAUAUUGUGACAUAUUUGGUAUACUAGUGACGUCAUCCAUCUGGGCGUGAUGACGUAAUCGAUGAUUUUUUUAAAUGAGAAUAUGGGUCGUGUGAUGGCUCAUUUGAAAGGUUAUUUAAUUCUCUAUUCAGUAAUAUAAACAUGUACAUAAUUAUUUAUACAGGGUGUCCAAAAAAUUUUUAUUAAAUUAAAUAAUGUGGCAAAUUGAGAAAAAAAAUUAAAUUAUUGGACAUCUCGUAUAAAUAAUAUGUAAAUGUUUAUAUUACUGAAUAAAGAAUUGAAGAACCUUUCAAACGAGCUAGCAUAGGACCCCUAUUCUCUUUAAAAAAAAAUCAUCGAUUAGCUCAUCACGCCCAGAUUGAUGACGUCACUAGUAUACCAAAUAUUUCACAAUAUCAUAACUUAAAAAUAAAAACCGACCUGUUUUGGGAUUUUUCAUAGUUUUUGAGGUUAAAAAUGGCCGAUUUCACAAUUUUUCAAUUUUUAAUCGCUUUUAUGUCAAAAACUAUCAACUUUAGAGAAAAGUCACUAAAGACCUUUUCUGUUUAGAAUUAUCCAAAAAACCUAAAAAAAUUUUGUUCCAUGCAAAAAAAUAAUUUUAGGAAAAAAACAAAAAAAAAACGUUUAAAAAAUUUUUGACCAACUUUUGGUCCUGGCAACAUGCAAAUUUGUUAAAAGGGGUCAUUUUUGAGUAAGAUUGAGCAAAAAAUGCGAAUUAGAAUAUUUUUCCUAGCGGAUGCGCAGUGGCUUUCUGGACUAAAAUGAGUUUCUUGAUAUGAAUGAAAGCGAAUAUGUUUACAUAAUUUUUAAUUUUUAGUUAAGUUUUCUGUACUUUUAGGUUAUAAUAUUAUUAUAGUAUAGACACAUUUUUUAUAAUAAUAUUUUUUGCACGAUUGAUCAUUUUUGACUGUUUACCGUGACAGAUUUUACGUCAGUAGGUGACAUUUACUAGCAAAUCGACGGUAAGUAAUCCAACUCGACGGUAAGUACUCCAACUCGACGGUAAGUAAUUCACUUACCGUCUAGUUAAAAAAUCUCUUAAUUUUAAUUUAUUUUUUGAAAGAAUAAAGAAAACUAACGAAUUAUUUAUUAAUAUUGAAACUUAUGGUACAAUCUGUUAAUUUUUCUCUUCAAAUACGCGAUCAAAGUUGAAAACUUGGAAAUAUCAAUGCCAUCAUAAAGAAAAACGGUGGAUUUAAUCAUUGAAUAUUCUGCCCAGAGGUUUCCAGGAGCUUUCAACUGCAUAUGUCUUUGAACGAAAUAUGCCAAUAGAGUCUUUUCUUCGAUUCUUAAAUUCUUGCCUUCGCACCAUUUUUUAAAACUUUGGUAGGUAUUUUGAUAACGGAUUUUGGAUUUUUCGGGAAUAAUUGCGGAACACCCUUCUUCCCAAGCCCGUUCAAUUUCUUUAAAUUCACUUUCGCUGAUAUUUUAAUUUAUAAUAAUCAAAAUUGUACUUAAAAUUAUUGACAACUAAAUAAAAACUCAAUUCUCCAUUGUUGUUAUGCACCCUAGUUACUACCUAACAACCAAAGUAUCUAUCUUGACAAAAUGAAUGAAACUAGUCAAUAUGACGAAAAUGUUUAAUUUUAUAAUUUAUAAUGGUAUCAAUCGUGCAAAAAACGUUAUAAGCAUGUCGAACGUUAAGGGUAACCGAUCGCAGACAAUAAACAAUUGUCUUCGAUCGGUAUAAAACCCUUACCGUUCUCCAUACUUAAUAUACUAUUACAGACGGGCAGAGUAAGAAAGUACAUAUCAGCGUAGUCUAUUUUUAUUAUCUAUGUCUAUUGGAAGGGCACAGUGUUUUUGUUUCUAAAUAUAUAUACAAACUAAUUUAGGACUUGAGGUAGAUGUAUCUCUAAAUGUUGACCAAAUAAGUUAACAUAUUACUCUGCCUAGUUUUUAAUGAAACGAAAAUAUAAAAUUUAUUAAUUUACAUAGAUUGUCAAUAACAUACAAACAUUUUACACAUCUAGUCAUUACAUAAGUUAAGUGAGACAAUAAAAAUAACUAUUUUGACCAAAGUAUUAAAAAGGACUUGGUGUGGUAUGUGCACAUAACUAAUUAACUUUCUUGUAUGAUAUGAUGAAAUGGCAACUAAUUCUUAUGAAAAUUUUUCUUACUGAAAAUACUUUAAUGGAAUUUUUAAAUAAAAUAUAAGGAACUA